AUGCUGGUCAUCUUAUUACUGUUUAGUUCAACGUUUGUACAAGCGGAUGUUCCAUAUAAUUGGCUAUCAUUGGCCACUCUAAGCACAUCGGAAUACAAUCCCACUCGUCUAGAAACUGGGCAAUAUGAUAAAAGAUAUUAUGAAGAUUUAUGCAAUCGGUUAGUGGGAUUGAAUCCCAUUCAGAAAACUACCUGUCAGCAGUAUCCAUUCAGUAUGCCAUUCGUGGCACGCGGUAUACGAGAAGCUCUAUAUGAAUGUCAACAGCAAUUCAAAUAUGAAAGGUGGAACUGCUCUGAUUUGAGGGAGAUAGCAUCAACGGCUCAUGGGACAUUCCAAGACAUCUUAGGAAGAACGCUCAGAUCAACCACAAAAGAAACAGCGUUCCUCACAGCUGUUGCAUCAGCUAGUAUAGUCCAUGCUAUUACAAAAGGCUGCAACUCCGGAAAUUUAACUGAGUGCAGCUGUCACAGCAAACCUGCUCUACAAAGAUACGUGGAAACGGAUGCUCCUGUUAUUGGACGACAAGAGCAGUUCUCAUGGGGUGGUUGCAGUGAUAAUGUCCCCUAUGGUAUCAAAUUCGCCAAAAAAUUCUUGGAUGAAUGGGAGCUAACUCAGUUCGAUAAAGAGAAAAAUGUCAGCCAUUUGGUUCGAAAUCACAAUCAUUUCGUCGGAAGAGAAGCUAUAGCUCAAAAUAUCAGAAAGCAAUGUCGAUGUCAUGGGGUAUCAGGAUCAUGUGAAUUUAAAACUUGUUGGUUGCAAAUGCCGAAGUUCAACGAAGUGGCCACCAUGCUAAAGAAGCGCUACGAUCACUUCGCCGUUCAGGUAACGAAACGAGCAAAGAAGCGCCUCAGAAGAAAGGAGAGAAGCGAAAGACAGACACCUUUACGCGGAAAUGAAAUGGCUUAUGUUCAACGAUCACCCAGUUAUUGCGAACGGAACGAAACACUAGGCAUACUAGGAACAACAGGAAGAGAAUGUCUCCAAUCUUCGUACAGCACAGAAAGCUGCGACCACUUAUGUUGUGGAAGAGGAUAUAAUACAAGAAUGGAAAGACGAAAGUCACAGUGUCAGUGUAAAUUCGUGUGGUGUUGCCAAGUAAAAUGUAAGGAGUGCAUAGACGACGUUCAAGUCCACACAUGCAAAUGA